AAACGAGGCUAGGUACGGGCUAAACCAUUUUUAACAGGUGACAAACUUUUAGGGGGGUUAUAAUUUUCUCACGUUAAAUUUUAACAGAAAUGCCUAUUUAUAUUGUAAAAAAAUUUCUUAACCUUUAAUUAUUUAUAAAUUAAAUUAGUUUUUAAAUGAAUUUUCGAUUUAAUGUAUAUUUUAUUAUAAACAAAAUACAUUAUUCAAAUUAUUCAUUCACCUACUUUACCCUGUAGGUGAGAAUUCCUCCAGAGGCAAACAGGAAAUAUAGAAGUAGAAGUUGACUAGAGACAAAUUUAGGCAAAAUGGCGACAGAAAAGCUUCACAAGGUUGCCUUUAUAACAGCCAUUAUCGCUUUCGUCGCAAUGUUUGUGGGGUUCGCUUCACCAUUUUGGUACAAGUCCUGGACACGUGUCUUUAGUCCCUUUGGUACGAUUGGAUUAUGGCACGUCUGUUUGAACGGGUUUAUCAAACCAAGAGAUCCUGUCAUGAAGUCAUACGUGGGUUGCUGGUGGAUUCAUUCAACAGAGUUUUCAGACAUUGAACAUUCUCUUCAACCCGGUAAUCUAUUUUAAAUUAUAUUUACUUAUUCUGUACCGUUGCUAUAUCAACUGUGUCAUACUAUGACAAUGACAUUCUUACACUCCAGCAAUGUGUACUACAAUUAAAACAAGGGUUAUUCUUACACUACUACUACAGCUAUUUGUACUACAAUUAAAAAACAAGGGUUAUUCAUCAAAAUCAAAGUGUACAAAUAUGAUAUGAUUAUUAUGACAUGAUGAUUCCAUUAAAUUGAGAGAGUUAGUGAAGUGAUAAUGUUGAGAUUAAAGUAGACUAGCUAUAUAAUGUUAUUAAUAAUAUAAUACAAAGUAUACAAAUAAAAAACAUUAUGGUUCCUGAUAUUUGAAAUUAUUAAACAUCAAAGUCAAAGAAUGAAAGUUGAAAGUCUCUAACAUUAAGAUUAAGGAUUAGGUCUUAGGCAACCAGUAUUAUAUGAUUAGAAUUGGUUUGGUAAUCAUCAAUGUUUAGUAAUAUUAAUAUUAGACACUUAGACUUAGUCUGCACAAAAUUAAGGUUUGAGGCACAUUGUCAUUAAUCAUUUAAUAAUACAUAUGAGGGUAGAUUACAAAAAGUAAAGAUAUUAAGGCUACCUUGCAUUUAAUUUUAAUGACUGUAUAAUGCAUUUAAUUUUAAUGACUGUAUAAUAUUAUAAGUAAAACCCCAAUUGUGGUGUUAUUGUGCAAUUUAACUGGCUAAUUAUUAAAAUAAGAAUUGUCUUGUGUGCUCUAUCAAUUAUUGUCUAAGGUUUCCAAACAAUUGAGGUUAUCCUUGUCCAGUUGAAAAAUGAGAUGGACUGUUACUUUAAAUUUCAGAGCCAGGAGGCAUGAUUUAAUUUCUUUUCUCCACACAUUCCAUACGGGUAGACUUUUCAUGUUUACUCACACUCACGCUAGUUUUUAGAAAAUUAUGAACAUAUGGAUAUUCCAUUCAACAAGUGAUUAUAUAAUACAAAUGUUAAUUUUUAAAAAUAGAUGUCAUUUUGAUAUGAGGAUAUCUCAUUUGAACAAAGUAAACAAUGACUUCUGUACCGUUCAAGUUAUUACUUUAAGUGAAAUCUUGCAUUAAUUUUUUUAUCCCUAGUAUGGUUUCGAUUCGUCCAGGCCUUCAGCAUCUUCGCCUUGUUUGGCGACCUGCUAGGAAUGAUCUUCACCUUGCUGUACCUCCCAGAAGGGACGAGGGGGUCACUGUACAAGAAAAGACCGCGCAUGUUUUUUAUCAACAGUGGACUGAUGUUAGGAGCAGGUCGGCAGAAAUUUAAAUUGAUAACAAUUAGUUUUAAAAUGUUUACUUCUAGAAGACUGGAAUGGGUCACCCUUCCCUGUGAUUUUUAUGAGAAAACUAAUUUGAAUAUCAUGAACAGUUGUUAUUCCAUUGUGUCUGGAAAACUAAAAAGCACUUUUAAAAAAAAAGUUUGCAUCAUCCAAGACCCGAUUGGGAUUAAAUAUAUACCCAGAUGUGUGAUAAGUGAAACAAUUGCCUGAAUAGAUUUCAAUUAAUUUUUAUAUCAUCAUUUUGAAAAUAGAAAUGAUUCUAAAUGUAAAAAUAAAACUAAUGGUUAAAAUAAUUGAUUGUGAGGUUGGGUGGUUAAAUGCUGUUUCCUGUUCAUUGUGCUUCUUAUCACUUGUAUGUCAGGAUGACACUUGUAGAUUCGGAUGACACUUGUAUGUCAUGGUGUCACUUUUAGGUGGGUGUGACACUUGUAUGUCAGGCUGACACUUUAGGUUGGGCUGACACUUGUAUGUCAGGGUGACACUUUAAGUUGGGUGAUACUUUUAGGUAGGUGUGACACUUGUAUGUCAGGGUGUGACAUUUGUACGUCAAAGUGACACUUGUAGAUGGGUGUAUAAAUUGUAGAUAUUUGUGACACUUAUAGGUGGACGUGUUAUGUGAGGUGGUUGUAUUAAGUUUAGGUGAGUUUGACACUUGUAGGCGCAUAUUUACAUCUACUUGACUGUGACAGUCAUAGGUGGGUAGAUAAAUUGUAGUUGAGUAUGAAAGUAUAAUUAACAAAAAUGUUGGAUUUCUUUGUUUGGACAUGUCACAUUUUAUUAGUUUAAAGUAACCUCACGAGCUCAUAAUGCCGCCGCCCCCCCUCGCCACCAGACCAUGCAGUGGCGCGCUGGGAACCUCCCCCAUGGCUUUGGGGACGUCCGGUCGUCGGAAAGCGCUUAGUUGAAAGCGUUCUCAGCCGAAUUUCCCGUGGCUUGGGCAGGUUUGCUUCCACUCCAGAGGGAAGGUGUUGCGUUACCAACCCCACCGCCCAGGGAGUUUUUCUGUCGGGAAGGGAAGCCGGGACGAAACAGUUGUUUAGGAGUGGCUUUCUCACGGCCACGUACUCAGUUACACAUGUCAGAUUCUCCUCUAGUGACAGAUUCUCCUAUUUGUUCCACAGCAUUCUUAGUGUUCCUAGUUGCGCUUGUGUUUGCUGAGAUGAGCAACGACUCUGGCUGGAUGCCCAGGCCGUGGAUGAAUUACCUCUCUUGGAGCUACGGUCUGGUUGUACUGUCUGGUUUCUUCUCUGCUGUGUCAGGAAUGUGUCUGUUUGUGCUGGCCAUGGUCUUCAAGGUCAGUCAACUAUGAUUUACUUACUGUAGAGUUUUGGUAAAGUCGAUAAAAAAUUGUAUAGUCACUUGAACUUUAUCAAACAAUGGUGUUAAGGUUGGCUUAUUAUACCUCAUUGUUUUUUUUUCUUUGCAUGGGGGUUAUUAAUUGUCUCUGUCUAGGCUUAUGAUUAUCAACAUUGGAGAUGAUGUCAUGUUUGAUAUAAUACUUAAACUUGAUAUUUCAGGAUAAGGAGGAUAAUGGUGAUCCAGGUGUGACGUCUGCCGCCGAACUUGCUCUGAGACGCAGAGAGCUCGAGAAGCAGGACGAGGCCAUGAGGGCCCAGCCGAUGGAGACCCAACAUUACGGUGGGCCGACCUACAGACAGCCACACUACCAGCAGCAGGCCGCCACCAUCGACAGGGACAGAACAGACUACGGCAAGGCUCCUUCAUUGGUCAGCGCAUCUCAUUACGGCAAGGCCCCAGUCCCAACUCCUUCAGUGGCGGGAUCGCAGGCCACGAGGGUGGGCGAGUCCUUUGUUUGAUGAAAGUGUGGCACAGUUACGGUUUUUUAAUGCAUGAAUGACUUGGCUGAUUUUCAAAGUGCUCACUUUUUUUGUCAAAAACUUUUUUCUUUUUUAAAAACCCUUAAACGUCCCAACCCCCCCCCCCUCCACUCCCUCCCACUUUGAAGUGGGGGAUGAUUCUGUGCAGAUUCAAACCAUUUUAUACUUCCAGUAAACAGCUGUAGAUGACACAGUUUUUUUUUGUUAUUUUUUAAUUGGUGUACUGUAAGAUAGGAAAUUUUAUCAAUGGGUUUUGUUUGCCCUGUGAGUAUGUUUAAAAGGGACAUUUGCAAAUGGAACUUUGACAUCGACACAUUUAGAUAAUUUCGUGCAAGGAGAUUAUACUCAAUAACGUUAGAUUGACUUGCUCUAUGCUGUUGUUGACUGAAGUGAAAAAGAGAUGAACCGUCGGCUGGAUGUUCUGACAAUGCCAUUCCAAUCUGUUUAUAAUAACUCAUGCGUUUCUUGAACAUUCCAUACAAGUUUUGUUCAGCAAAAAGUGAUGUGUGGUGGUAUGAAAGACAGCUCACUUACUCACAUGUUUGUAAAUAAUAUUCUUGUAUAUCCUCCUGUAAAUAGUUCAAUGUAUAUAGCAUUUAUUUUUUUUUAAAGAUUUAAUGCAGCACCAUUUUGUAACUAAUAUCUUUCUUAGAUCCAUUCAUUUUUUUUUUUUUCCAUCGUUUCUGUCUUCUCCAUGUUUUUGGUAUCAAAUCAGUGUUUUAUAGAAGUUUGUUAAUCUAUAAUCUCCUCUAUUUAUGAAAGUGUUAAAUAUUAGCUGAUUUUUGAAAUCCUGUGGAAAUAUUAAUCAGAACUCUCUAAUGUGUUGAGGGUUGUUUUAAGUUUAAGAGAGAUUAAUGGGGUGCAAGGGAAGGCAACUCUCAGUUGAUGAUUUAUGCUGAGAGUUUUUUAAAAUUAGUUCUAAAUUUGUGGCUUGUUUGUUUUCAUAUUGCACCAAAGGCUGCUCAAAUUGAAAUUUCAGCAUAUUUUUUGUUGUCUGAUUGAAUUUGAGUAUGUCAUGAUUGCGGAUCUGAUUUCAUUAACAUUCCUCAUAGCCUCUUUGAGUUGUAAGCAAUAGAUUUUUUGUUUUUUAGGGACAUCAUAUGACAAUAUUUUAGCUCUGUAAAUAAUUCAUCCUAUGCCUUAUCAAUGACAUUAAAGAUUUAACGCUAAAAGCU